GCGCUACGCGAAUUGGGCAUGAAUGCCUCUUUGCAAACAACCCGCGGGCCGCGCCGUUAGAUCAUCGUUGGCCCCGCGCUCGAGCCGGUUCUGCCAAGAUGGAUAAAACGGGCGACCGGCAGCAGCAGCAGCAAGAGGAUGGCUUCGGCGCACGUCUUCGAAGACUAUCAGCAAAGUGCUUGCAGAUGCUGUUCCACGCCGCACUCCUGGCCGCCCUGGUGGCACUUCCCUGCUCCUGGGCGAAGGUGUUCGAGAAAUGCGAGCUGGCUCGGGAGCUUCUUUACGUGCACGGAUUCCCCGAAGACCAGAUACCACAGUGGGUAUGCAUCGCCGAGCACGAGAGCCUCUUCAACAGCAGCGCAGUCGGUCGCAUGAACUGGGACGGCAGUGCGGACCACGGCCUCUUCCAGGGAAACAUCAUGCUGGACAAAUGCAGAGUCAACAGCUUGCUGCGCCUUACCAUUGUACACUCCUACAGGUAG